AUGGAAGGGAAAACAGUGAUUCUAAGUGUGCUCAUAAUGAGUCUUGUCAUGGCGCAAAUCCAAGUGGAAGCAAAGAGCUGUUGCCCGUCCACGACUGGUAGAAAUAUCUAUAAUACUUGCCGUUUUGGUGGAGGCUCUAGGUCAACUUGUGCUUCACUCAGUGGAUACAAAAUCGUUGACGGAACAUGCCCUGAGGGAUAUACGAAGGACAUACUUGAAAACUCAGACGCAAGUGAAAUUGUGAAUGGAGCAGUUGAACAAUGCACCAAGGCAUGUUCUACUUUCUGUGCCAAGGGCUCUAAAAUCGCGGUUAAAACUGCCUAA